UAACUUGCUGCGCGAGUCGAACGUGAGAAAAUACUGAAAAUAGGUUAAAUUGGGCGAUUAUGAGGGAAAUAGUGCACGUACAGGCCGGUCAAUGCGGAAACCAAAUCGGUUGUAAAUUUUGGGAAGUGGUCUCCGACGAGCACGGCAUCCAGCCCGACGGCAAAUACGCCGGCGACUCCCCGCUGCAAUUGGAACGCAUCAAUGUCUACUACAACGAAGCCUCCGGCGGCAACUACGUCCCGCGGGCGGUGCUCGUCGACCUCGAACCGGGCACCAUGGACUCGGCCCGAUCCGGCCCCUACGGCCGCCUCUUCCGCCCCGACAACUUCGUCUUCGGCCAGUCGGGGGCGGGCAACAACUGGGCCAAGGGCCACUACACCGAAGGCGCCGAGCUCGUCGACCAGGUGAUGGAGGUCAUCCGCAAGGAGGCGGAGGGCUGCGACUGCCUGCAGGGCUUCCAGCUGACCCACUCGCUGGGCGGCGGCACCGGCUCCGGCAUGGGGACGCUGCUCAUCGCCAAAAUACGCGAGGAGUACCCCGACAGGAUCAUGGCGACCUUCUCGAUCGUACCGUCGCCGAAGGUCUCCGACGCCGUCGUGGAGCCCUACAACGCUACUUUAUCGAUGCACCAGCUCAUCGAAAACACCGACGAGACCUUCUGCAUAGACAACGAGGCUUUAUACGAUAUCGGCAUUAGGACGUUGAAGAUUCCGGCUCCUUCUUACGGCGAUCUCAAUUAUUUGGUAUCCCUCACCAUGUCAGGUGUGACGACUUGCCUGCGAUUCCCGGGCCAAUUGAACGCCGAUCUGCGCAAACUGGCCGUCAACAUGGUGCCGUUCCCGCGGCUGCACUUCUUCGUGCCCGGCUUCGCGCCGCUCACGCCCAAAGCGAGCCAACAAUACAGGGCGGUCACCGUCGCCGAGAUCACCCAGCAGAUGUUCGACGCCAAGAACAUGAUGGCGGCCUGCGAUCCGCGCAACGGCCGCUACCUGACCGCCGCCUGCAUCUUCAGGGGCCGCAUGUCGAUGCGGCAGGUCGACGAGCAGAUGCUCAACAUCCAGAACAAGAACAGCAGCUACUUCGUCGAGUGGAUACCGAACAACGUGAAGGUGGCCGUCUGCGACAUACCGCCCAGGGGGCUGAAGAUAUCCGGCACGUUCAUCGGGAAUUCGACGGCCAUACAGGAGAUAUUCAAGCGCGUCAGCGAGCAAUUCUCGGCGAUGUUCCGCCGGAAGGCGUUCGUGCAUUGGUACACCGGCGAGGGCAUGGACGAGAUGGAAUUCACCGAGGCCGAAUCGAACAUGAACGAUUUGAUAUCCGAGUACCAGCAGUACGAGAGCGCCUCUAUCGAUGAGGACUAUUACGAGGAGGAUGACGGUCGCGAGGAAGAUGAGAUGAUAGAAGAAACGAAAGAGAUGUAAUUUUUUUAAGUAUGUAAUUUUUUUUCCAUUAAAAUUAUCCAUUUUAUUAAACUAAACAAAUUUCCGUCCGUUUCUCCAGCACGUCUCUAGAUAAAAGUUACUGUAUAUUUCACCUUCGUAUAUACAAAAUAUUUACUUUUGAUAGUAUAUAUCGAUGAUAUUAUGAGAUUAAUCGUUGAUUAAUUGAUAAACAAGUUGUGUAACGUGAAAAUUACGAACAAAUCCCACUAUCAUCAAUAAACCAAACGUCCAACUUAAAUAUAUCAAUUAUUACAAUACUCCUAAAGCCAAUUUAAACGUAUCUAAAACGAAAAUUAGCUUCGGAAUAAUUACACGCACAAAAAAAUUUAUCAAGUAGAAUUACUUUUAGGUUUCCUACCCUUUCUGGCUUUCAAAACGAACCCACCGCUCUCGUCCAUAACAGCGUCCAUAAUAACCUGCUCCCCGUCCAUUUCCUCCUCGCCGUCCUCCCCGUUUUCGUUCUGUUGCAUCUCCUCCGAUUCCCCCACGUCGUCGGUGGACUCCCCGCCGUCGACGGCCCCCUCGGUCUCGUCCACGUCGCAGAUGAUCGAGAAAUUGGCGGCGUUGAUCAGCUCGUCGGUCACCUCGCCUUUGUACCGAUAGAAACCCCAAAUCCACAGCUGGUUCUCCAUGCACUUGAUGUAGCCCAGCACGCGCGAAAAGAAAUUGUUGAUGUUUAUCUUCGGGUGGGACUCGAUGAACUGCCAGGCCUUCAGCACGUUCUUCUUGUGCGUGCUGCUCAAGUCCCUCGAGAAGCACUUCUUGUUGCCCGACGUGUACGUGACGUGCAGGAAUUGCUCCAGCUCGAUGAUUUUCUCGAUGACGAUCAACACGUCCGGCGAGGACUUCUGCGAUUUGCCUUUCGACAACAUUAUGUAAUCCCUCAAUUUCUUGAACGGCGCUAUCACGUUCUCGUUGAUUCGGUUCUCCAAGCGGUGUACGCAGAACAAAUCCGGCGUGACCUUCUUCAACCACUCGUUCUCUAUGUGGGCGAACACGUGCUUGAUCAAACCGUAAAUGCCCAUCUGCUGGGCCUGCGCUUGGAUGUUCUUGAAGCCGUCGGCGAUGGUGUUGACGGGCAACAGGGGCAGCAUCAGCAGCAUGUGAUAGAUGUUCCUGAAGUAGGUGUUGGUCUCCAAGCUCUUCGCCAGAUCGGUGUUGCAUAUCUUCUUGUAGAUGUUCUGCGUGUAGUAGAACACCGAACCGCCGAUGCUCGAAUCCACGUAGAUCUCGCCCAGGGCGUAGUAGAGAUUCGAUUCGUAUUCGGUGACGAUUUCGUCGGGUCGCAGGUGCGGCGCGAGCGUGUCGUGGAGGAAUUCGAAUAUCUUCUUGUAGAUUUCCUGCGUUUUGUAGUUCACCAAGGCGUACAUGAUCGGAUAGUACUGUAACGAAUACAACAUAUCACUCAAUAAGUAACUAAGAAAUAAUGACUGUUUAUGUUUGGCACUUACGCUUUCAUCGAUCCACACCAAAACUGUAACUAAUUGAUAAGAGAACGGUUCGUUGGUUUCGAUUCUAAACGAAGCAUCGAUGUACAUCAGAUCGCUGUCGGACAUUUCUUCGAUUAUGUCCAGAUUAGCGAAGACGAUGGCCUUGGCAUUGUCUUCCGUCGAGAAUCUUUCCUGGUAGAAUUGAGUGCCUUCGAGCGUGAAUUGGUACUUUUGGAACGAAUCGUCCUCGAUGUAAUUGUACAGGACGUCGAACGACGUGAUCGGUACUAGUUUGUGGUUGAAUUGGUGACGGCAGAUUUCGUUUAUUACGUUCCUCAGAGGAAUUAGUUGCUUGAUUUCGGAAUCCCUUAAAAGAUACGCAAUAAAUUAGAUAACAUUAGUGUGUGGGAUAAAGAUGUGCGACUUACUUCUGACAAAUUUCGUCGUAUAUAUUCUUGAAUUUCAGCGAUUUAUCGCUGUGCAUUUUCCUCUUCAUGAUGUAGAAGAAUAUAUGUUUCUUCUUCUCGGCCUCGGUGGGGCAUUUGUGAUUAUGAGGCGUCGUUAUAGUGACAUCGUUUCCGAACACGAAACUACCCAAAUGGGUUUGCAUCCCUCUAGCGGCGCAGUACGGCAUUAGACAUCUCAUAUAUCUAAAACAAACGGUAGUUAGUGUACCGUACAAACGUAGGCCAUUCAUGGAUUUAAACAAAAGUUAAAACAAACUAUUUUGCUUGGCGUACCUAACGUUUUGCUUGCACAAUCUGUACUCGAACAGGUAAUUGUCGACUUCGCAGAAUUGCAUGUCGUAAAACGAGGUUAUAUUCGUUCCCUCGUAAAUGCCGAGCGUCGAUUGAAUGGUUUUCCCCGAUUUCACGUUAACCGUUUUUUCCGAAUAAACUUCAUGCGAUGAGGCCCUACCGCGCUUUUGCCUCGGAGAUUUUUGCAUUUCGCUAUCGUCCAAUUGUUCAUCCGAAUCUUCGGCGCUUUCGUCGUCAUUUUGUAUUUGUAUUAUUAUGUUAUCGGCGCUCGCCUGUUCUUCGGAUAACGUUCCUUCUAAAAC